CGCGUGAGUCCGGAAGGGGAGACGAGGCCGGGAUUUUUCCAAAGACCCAGUACGGCCCAUUCCUCCCCCUGACAAGGAUCGUUGCUAUGGCAACCGGGGCGCAGCCGGGCGGGGAUUGUGGCUCCUGAUUCGCGAUCAGUCUUCUCUCACCCAGAGGCUCUCGCCCAAGGUUGCUUUCUGAAGGGACCUGACCUCCGCUCGCGAGAGAGAGUUUUCCAUGGACACGGCCUAGCAGGGAGAUGCAGCCUCUGUGUCCCUGGCCGCUGACCCACCGGCCUGAUGACAGCAUCCCCGUGUGCCUUCCCGGUUCAGUUCCGGCAGCCCUCAGUCAGUGGCCUCUCACAGAUCACCAGCAGCCUGUAUAUCAGUAACGGGGUGGCCGCCAACAACAAGCUCAUGCUCUCCAGCAACCGCAUCACCACAGUUAUCAACGUCUCAGUGGAGGUGGCAAACACCGUAUACGAGGACAUCCACUAUAUGCAGGUGCCUGUGGCUGACACACCCACGUCGCGUCUCUGUGACUUCUUUGACCCCAUCGCAGACCACAUCCACAGUGUGGAGCUGAAGCAGGGCCGCACCCUAUUGCACUGUGCUGCCGGCGUGAGCCGCUCGGCUGCUCUCUGCCUUGCCUACCUCAUGAAGUACCACGCCAUGUCCCUGCUGGAUGCCCACACGUGGACCAAGUCAUGCCGGCCCAUCAUCCGGCCCAACAAUGGCUUUUGGGAGCAGCUCAUCCACUAUGAGUUCCAGCUGUUUGGCAAGAACACUGUGCACAUGGUCAGCUCCCCUAUGGGAGUGAUCCCUGACAUCUACGAGAAGGAGGUCCGCCUCAUGAUCCCACUGUGAGCCGUCCUGCCAGCCCCUGCCCCGGGGUCAGAGGUACAGAUCUGCCAUUGAUCCCACAUCGAGAUCUGUACUUGGACAUUCUGCUUUCAUUGAUAUAGAAAAACCAGAUGAUGCCUUUUAUAAGGGUGAGAAAAAAGGAAGGAUGCUGCAGCUUUUAACCUUAUAAUUCAUAUCUUUAAAGAUUCAACUUAAUAACUGUAAGAUGGUGUAGAUAAGUUUCCCACCCUGUGAGUGACAGCUCAUGGCUGCUGACCAGAGGAGAGGGUGAGCCAGGUGGUGCCCAGGGAGAUGGACCAGCAACCAGUACACAGGGCAAGCCUGGAAUCCUGCAGCUCUCCCCCAACCAACUAGCCCAGGAAUGAGUCUGCCACAAUCCCACCUCAUUCUUUCGAACUCAUGCCAGCCUUAAGCAUCAUGGCACCUCCUGUGCUUCUCACAGUAAGUGCCAGCCUACUGGAUAAGUAGCCUUCAGGUGGUACUCCAGGGGCCCUGGGCCAACCCUGCUUCCACCUUCAACCACAGGGGCCCAACUCUGAUUUACUAGAUUGGACUUAUGCAUAAGAUGGUUUUCAAAGAAAGCAUUCCAUUGUAAAAAAUGUUUUAAAAACAAUUCUUUUUUAUGUACAUAGCAAAGUCCCCCACCAGCUUUUGAUGAAAGGUGGCAUUAGUCUCCAUCUUGGGGCAUUUGUGGAGAGUGGGCCUGACAUGGAGCCUCAGGUUCAGAAGGCUGGAACUGCAGACCAGAACCUAGCCUUGUCACCUCCUGCUCAUGUGAUCUGGGGCCUCUUGGAGCCUUGGUUUCCUCAUUCAAGCAAUGACAGUGCUUUUCCCACAGGGUUGUGAAGACAACGAUUCCUCAGCAGGGUGCCUGGCACAUGGUAGGCACUCAACGUAACCGGCUACUCUCAUCAUGAACAAUGCUUUGGCCCUGCUGGUCUGGGUCAGCAAGUCAUCCUUGAUGGCAUUUCCCCCAUCCAUGCACAGCUCUUUAUUGCUUACAAAGUGCUCUUCCAAAAAACUAUGCUGUGUGGGAAAGAAAUGGUUUAAGCCCUUUCAGACCCAGCCUCGGAGGAGGCCUAGACCUCGAAGCCUUUUCAGAGUUCCCAUUGUGUUUAAUCCACCUGCCACCUGGGAAUCCUAGAACAAGGAGCACUAUUCAGCUUCCUCCAAAGGGCCUCGUUUAGACUGCUGAUCAUGAGAGCCAACACCCUGGUCUGACUAACCUCCGGGGUCCAAUGGGGCAUGUGCCAAAGGGGUGAAUGAGUGGGCCCUACCAGUAGGCCCUGAAAUCCAGGAUUGUUCAACACCCACUCAUAACCCUCCCCCCCCCUCCUCCCCCCUGCCACCCCCGCAACACACACUCCUGAAGCCUGAGGCUCUGGGUCAGGACCAGCUAUUCUAGUCCAGAGAUUUUUCAGAGAAAUAAUAUAUAGAGCAGACAAAAGCACAACUGCUGUGGAGGCCAAAUUCUCCUUCUCUUCAAACCUGCCCCAGUCCUGCUUCCACAAAGGACCUGCCCAGGGGUACCAUUUUCAGGUUGGUGGAGAAGGAAAAUCACUGCUCUAGGCUGAUCUCAUUUUAUAGAUGAAUAAACAGACCCACAAAUACCAGGGCUGGUGUGACAGAGCCCCACGAAGCAGAAAAAACCCAUUUGGAGAAAACCCAGAUGGAAAAUUUCUUUGAAAGCAUUUUUAAAGAGAUUUAUUUGGAUAUAUUGUGUUCCAAUUUUUAAAAAAUUUUUAAUUAACAUACCAUAAAAUUAACUUUCUCCUAUAUAACAUUAUAUGUAUUUUAACGCAUUUGUGUAACUACCUCCACGAUCCAGACACAGAGCCAUCCCAUCACCUUCCAGAUUUCCCUGUGCUGCACUUUUGUAGUCACACCUUCGCCCCACCCCAGCCUCUGGUAAACAUCCAUCUGUUCUCCAUCCCUAUAGAUUUGCCUUUUUCAGAGUGUUACAUACUUAGAAUCAUAAGAGAUGUAACCUCUGGAGACUGGCUUCUUUCUAUGUAAUGUCUCUGAAAUUCACACAUGUGGUUUUGUAUGGCUAAGUGGUAUUCCAUUGUAUGGAUGUGCUACAGUUUGUCUAACAUUCACCCAUUGAAGGAGAUUUGGGUUAUUUCCAGUUUGGGGCAAUUUUGAAUAAAACUGCUACAAAUA